AAACUUUCUUGUCGGCAGUGUAGAUUUUUCCGUAGGAGAGCAAAGACAUCUAUUUUUUCCACAAGUGACAUCACUGCUUUUGUUUUCCACUUGUGUGAUCAUUCAUGUAGUAGGUUGUAGCCGGCACGGAGUAUGCAAGCAGGAGGCACCAGCGGCCAGCAACAGCGGCAGUACCAGCGACCAUCACCAGCAGGCAGCAGCGGCCAGCAAGCAGCAGGCGAAGGAGGAUAGGCGGACGGAGAGAGCUCCAAUUUUUUCCAGUGCUAAAAAGUUGGAGCAGGAAGAGGAACCACGAUGAGCCUUGUGGGUGACGACAUGGUCGAUAAACUCGAGUUGCUUCGAAAGAUUACGAACAACUUUUCAGAGGCACAAAAAGUUGGCAGUGGUGGGUAUGGAGAUGUUUACCGGGCCACGUAUAAUGGGGAAGAGAUUGCUGUGAAGAAGUUUCACCUGGAUGUGGGAAGGCUAGACGAUAAGGCGUUCGAUAACGAAGUCCUUAACCUUAGGGAGAUUCAACAUCAGAAUAUCGUUAGGUUAAUUGGCUACUGUUAUGUAUCACACCAUAUGUAUGUCAAUUACGACGGAGGGAUAGUUCGAGCAGAACAUAUCGAAAGACUCCUCUGCUUCGAAUAUAUGGAAGGUGGAAGCCUCGAAAAACAUAUUUCAGAUGAAUCUUGUGAUCUUGACUGGCGGACAAGCUUCAAAAUUAUUAGAGGGAUCUGUGAAGGUUUAAACCACUUGCAUACUACAAAGGGGAAACCUAUUUACCAUUUGGACUUAAAACCUGCUAAUAUAUUGCUCGAUAAGAACAAGACGGCAAAAAUUGGAGAUCUCGGUUUGUCCAUUCUGGCUGCUUCAACAAAAACCCAUAGAACUGGGGCUGCCAGAGGAACAGAAGGUUACAUGCCACCCGAAUACAUAAAUGACGGUGUCGUAUCGAACAAGUUUGACGUGUUCAGUUUAGGGGUUAUAAUUAUAAAAAUGCUGGCCGGAAAUACAGGCUACGUCCGCUGUCAUGAAAUGCCUCCCGAAAGAUUUAUUGAGUUUGUAACUGAAAAGUGGAAGGAAAAACUUCAGGGGACCAAAGUAUAUUUGUCACAAGAAUCAGACAUCCUGCAACUCAAGACUUGUGUGGAUAUAGCAUUGAGAUGUGUUAAGGAUGAACGAAAUGAGAGGCCUGAUGUUAAGGGCAUUGUCAAUGAACUGGAAAAGCUAGAACCUCAGAUAGACAAAAUUUCUACUAAUCCUGCCUACUACCGGAGUGGCGUUAGCCAGGACAUCAGGCAGAAAGAGCAUCUCUUCCACUUAUACAUGACCCAGCGGGGGAUUGGAGCAACCGAUGGUAACGAGAAAUUUGUUGUCAACUGCGGUUUUGGUUCGAUCGUUGUUGAUGACUUUACCAUACGUGAUGGUCCUGCCCCUAAUGCAAACCUUGUUGGACGUGCCCGAGGCAUGCACGUCUGUGAUGGUAUGGGCGACGACCACUGGCUAUUCUGUCACAGCAUAGUGUUCACCGACACCAGGUUUAAGGGGUCCAGCCUUAAGAUGCUUGGAGAUUUCGCAUACGAAAAUGAUGCUGAAUGGGCUAUCGUGGGAGGAACUGGAGAGUUUGCCUAUGCGAAUGGUGCUGUCACUGCCAAAGUAAUCCAGACACAUACUCCUGCUACUGGGCGUAUCUGGGACCUUCGUAUCCGAGUUUUCUGUUUAUGUAUCCCUGAAAACACAAAGAUGGGCCCUUGGUGGGAUAGGGAGGCAGGAGCAGCUUUUGACAUCCCGGAGGCGGAGCCACCCAGGUGUCUUCAAACCGUGACAGUUGGAUAUGGUGACGUGAUCAACUGUAUUGAGUUUUCCUACACUAACAAAGCUGGUGAGAAGAAAACUGCUGGACCAUGGGGUUCUCACGGCGCACUUACAAGGACGAUUAUGCUUGCUCCAUCCGAGAUUAUAAAGCAAGUUCUUGGAACAGCUAGUACAGUUGGAGAAGACACCGUUGUUACAUCACUUACUUUGGUCAGCAACCUCACAACAUAUGGGCCCUUUGGAACAACUAAUGGUACCCCUUUCUGCAGCCAGCCUCCAGAAUCCAAUAAAAGCAUCGCAGGAUUUUAUGCACGUGCUGGGGAAGCGAUCAAUGCACUUGGAGUUUAUUAUACAUCUGAAAAUUAGAGCUUUAUUGUUUAAUAAACUCCAAUUGUUGUUUAAGAUUCUUCAUGGCUUGGGUCGACGCUUCAAAAGACAUUUCCCAGCCUUUGCCUUCCAAAAAGCAGACGGACAGGGGUUGUCAUCGUUCUCAUAUCGUGUGCAAUUUGUUUUUCCUUUUUACUGCGUACUUGUCGCCAAUAUCUUCAUGUUAUUUCUUGCUCGAAAAAUAAUGUUUCUAGAGAUCGCGAUGAUUAUGCGACAGCAGUUGUUGGUUUGAUA